AUGUCGAUCGCAUCGCUUGCUCCUGCCAACAGCAAGAAGGCCAGGACGACGGCGAUCAACUCGUUCACGACGUACAUGGCCGCGGAGAGCAUGACACUCGAAGCCACCCACAGGCUUAUCGACGGGGAUAAGACAGGUAAGGUAUUGCGUAUUAUACUAGACAAGUAUGCAUAUUCGUUAGCCACGUCAGCCGAUAAGGUAAGGGCGACCAAUACGUGUCUAGCAUACUAUGGCAACGUCAAGAAUUGGCUAGUAGAUAAGUACCCGCUACAAGGAGCUUUGGUUAAAUCUCAGCUCCAAAAAAUCUAUCAGGGCUGGGUAAGUAUCGUAGUAACCGAGAGGAGGUCGGCGACGAGAAGAAAGCACCCCCGUGCUCUAAACAAGACUUAG